GUGGGGCUCGGCGCGGAGCGGGCGGGGGGGGGGGGCGGCGGCAGCGGCGGCUGAGAGGGGCUCUGAGGGGGCUCGGCGGCGGCGGCUGUGAGGGGCUCGGCUCGGCGCACCCAGCCAUGGAGCUGAACUCGCUGCUCAUUCUCCUGGAGGCGGCCGAGUACUUGGAGCGGAGGGACCGAGAAGCAGAACACGGCUAUGCCUCCGUGCUGCCCUUCGCCAGUGACUACUCCCGCAAGAAAACAAAGGCGGCCCCCCUGGCCAGGAGAGCCCCCAGCAGCAGGUCAUCACACAACGAACUAGAAAAACAUAGGCGGGCUAAGCUCCGGCUAUAUUUGGAACAGCUAAAACAGCUUGUGCCUCUCGGGCCGGACAGCACCAGGCACACCACCCUCAGCCUGUUGAAAAGAGCUAAGAUGCAUAUCAAGGUGACCAGUUCCAGCGAACUGACUUCAAUGCCAAGGGAGCGGACCCGGGAGCUGGACGCCGUGAAGCUGUGUGCACGCAGGCAGAGGUGCUCAGCCGCAGGACGAAUGUCUGCAGGACUUCAAGGUGUUUGCAGCAGCCUCUGCUCCCGGGAGCAGCGAUUCCAUCUCCACCCGACCAGCUUCAGAGCAGAACGGUGCCAAGCUGUGAAUCUGUCCUCGCAGACCAGCGCUGUGGAAAAGACGGACAUUUUAAGAAAGAACCACACCACCGCCGCUUUUAGUUAAGUAAUACUAAUUUUAUACGCUUCCGUUUGAUGCUGGUAUUGAUCAAGUAAUGUCUGUAAAGCAGGUUGCUCCUUCAGAAAGCUGUUAAAUAUUUUGAUGCUCCAGGACGUUGUUUUUGCAUGUGAUAAGAGCCAAUAACAGUUGAUAUUUAAUCCACUAACUUGCGCUUCCCAAAAUUGGCGGAAGGAGACCUAAAUCCCAUUAGAUACUCUUAAAGAAGAUCUGCACUCCCCACAAAUAGUAAUGGGGGAAACAGAUCAGAAAUAACAGAAGUUUCACCAGCAACUAAGCAAAUUGUUCAAGUGGCUGAGUUAAUGCAAUAUUGUUAACUGGUAGCUGCAGAAGCCCAUCCAAAUGUUACCGAACUACCUAGAAUUAAAAUGCAGGAGAAAUAUCAAACAGAAAAUACUAGAAACCAUUUGGUCAUGUUCUUUCUAUCUAAUUGGUUAUAAAUUAAUCCCUGCAAAAGGUUCUUGGGGACGCAAGUCCACCUAGAGGCUUGCCCCCCAGUAAAGCAUUGCGAAGGUGCUCCGAUUUCAGAAUUUCUUCCUUCCGUUUUGCACGAGAGGCAUAAAAUGUGGCUACACGGGAUGUCUGUAAUUUAAAGGGUCUGUGCAGUAUGGAUUUUUAAACGGUGAAAUUUCAGCAUGUGUGGUCACUGGUGAAGCUGCCUGAAGGCGGUAGCGAGUGGUUCUGUGCCAGAGCCGUUGGGUCCGAGAGCCAAAAGGCAGGGUCCGUCUGUGAGAUGUGUGGCACUGUCAAGGGUCGUCUGUACACACCUACCUGGUGCUCGCACGGAGUGUUGUGUUGUACCAUUAUCUCGUCAUAAUAUAAAUACAGAUUUUUAUACCUUCUUGUUGUGGGUUUCAUUUUUUUUCUUAGAAUUUUUCAUCAUCUCUGUUUAUAGCGUUUCUUCUCUUUGCAGAUCUUUUCAUGUAGCUUUAAUGCCUAUUUAAUAAGGAGCUCACUGAGCUUUAGCAAUUCAAAUUAAUAGUAUGGCAUUAAGGCCGGAGUGCUGUUUAAAUUAAAGUUCUUUUACUUACGUUGGCCCAAUGUAACCUUAAUAGUCAUUAACGUUAUUUGUCUAUAACCAUGGGUGCUGUGUAAAUUCCCACUAUUAAAUUUCUGACGACAAAACCAACCUAUAAAACAAAGUGCAAAUUGAAAUGCAUUAGUGUCUGUUCGAAAUAAUUGCACUUGAAGUCAUUCCAGCUUGGUGCAAGGUAGAAAAGCAGCGUGUAACAGGCAGCCUACAAGUUCUGCGUGUGUAUUUUGCUGAAUAUGAAAUUCACACCACAGGUGAUGCACAGCCAGCCAACGAUGAGCGUUUCAGUUUGUUACUGGGAGAGAUGAGAGGCGGGACAGAACUGAAAUGCUUUUGCAAACUGUAUCAUUACACUUUCAACUGUGGUGUUUCUUUUUGUGAAACACCACAGUGUUUCAACUGUGGUGAAACUUUUUGUUUCAAUUUGUCAAGCAUGUUGCACUUAAAUGCAGAGACUUCUUAAAAAUAUAGAAGCAGUCCUUUUAGGUUGAAGUCCUGAUACGUGGCUUGUCAAUAUUUUUACACUUGAUUCCAGUAAGCCACUGAAUCAGCAAAAAUAUUCAUGCACAAAGCAUAGUGAGACAUGUUUUUAGCAAAGCUUUCUUUUGAAAGUACCAUUGUCACAUAAAAUACUAUCCAGUGCAUUACUAAAUUAUUACAGAUUUAUAAGUUUAUUAUGAGUAAAUUUAUUAUGGCUGAUGUUGGGGCACUAUUUCUGAGAGUCCGGUCAGUUUAAGACCUGUGCAGCUUCUUUUCUGAUGUUUGUAACAUCUUAUGAUCUGUUUAUAAGAAAAGUAAAUUUAAUAUUAAAAGCCCAGAAGCUUGGCUAUCAGGAUGAUUUUUUUCAAGUUAAUUUAAAUGGGAAAGAGCCUUAAAUUAUAAUUAAAUUCAGAGUAACAUAACCAUCAGCUUCUCCUAAAAAAUACAGCUUGAAGAGGUUUCAAUGGCAAAGAUCUCAGUUAUUACUAUUAUUACUAUUAUUAUACUUCUGGAAUGUGCAGAUUUCCCAGCACUUUUAAGGGCCUCGGCAUGGCAGGAAGGGUUCGGUGUGGUGGACAGGCGAGGAGCGGAGGGCUGCCAUCAGUGGUGCCAGAAAUGGCUGGAGCGUGAUGGGGGAGCAGUGCGAGGAAGCGGCAGGGACCUGCUUUAUUAUUAUUAUUAUUUAUGGCAUUGUAUUUCUACAGCUGAAGAAAGCUAAUCACUUUGACCUGCUUUUCUAGGAACACGAGGUCUCAGAAUGAAAUCUCCUGUUCCUCCAGAGGGAAGAGGCAUGCGCUCACGAGAGAAAGCAAGCGGGUGCCAGAUUUUUGUAAUCUACCUUUAUUGUUAUAAAAGCUCACGUGGCACUUCAAAAGCUGUGCUUAAUUCGGAGUUUAAAUUUGCUUAAAGCAAUUCAUCUCAUUAGAACAUAGUGCUUACAAAGAGUGGCUGGUACUCCGGCGAUCUGCAUCAGGGACCUCCAAAAUCCUGCAGCUACGAGCCACCAAACAGUAGGAUGCAAAAUGAAAAAGCUUCCACCCCGUCACAGUUCCUCAGCUAAAAACUUAUUUCCAUGUCUCCUCUGUUACUUCUUUUCACCAAAAAAGGCCCAAACCUAAAAGUGUAAUAAGCGAAACGCUUUUAUAUGAGAUUUUCAUGUGACAGAUGUAUCUCAGUGGGAGGGUUUAUAUCAGGCAGCUGCAGUGACUGCAUGAUGGCAACCGCACUCCUUGGCUGCUUUCUGCAGCCGAUGGGUAAUCGAUAGCUCCUCCGUGAGGCACCAGACACAACUAUGGCACGUUUUGCGGUGAAACAAACGCAACACGGCACGGAUGGAACAGUGCUGAGCUUGCAGACAUCCUUCCAGAAACGUCUACGUCUUAAUUUGUUGGAAUCCACCAUAAAAUGGCUUGUAAAUGCAAUAUGCUAUCUGAGCAACCUCUCUGGUUCUUGCACACAGAUGCAAAACAACUGCUCCUGGAAUGGAAAAAAAGGGUAAGGUAAGCCUUUAAUUAUGUUUUGUCUGAACACAACCAAGAAAAAAAGAAUGAAUCAGAGAAAAACAUUCUUGACCCAUAAGGAGCUGCAAAAGCAAACACAGGGAAGCAUCUGGGGCUGUGGUUGGGUGGGGUAAGGGACUGUGAGAAAUUUCGGAGAUAUGUUUGUAACGUGUUUGUAGGGGAAGGCUGUUGUUUAAUCUCUGCCCCUAAAAGCCGAUCUCAGGUCUGACAAAUGAAAAUUUGUUUCACAUUAGAGGCUUGUUCUUUCAAAAUGAGAAGUUUAAGUGCACAAUGUUCUGACCUAAAAUAUUUCAAUUCUAGCCUGAAUUCUUAUGCCAGCGGGGAUUAUGAGAUCAUGCUGUCUGUCAACUCCUCUUUCAUCCAUCUGUUCCCCUCCUCCUUUCCUUGAUAACGUUUGAACCUUCAGGCUAAUUUUGACCAAAUUUGACAAAGCAGAGAUAGGAUGGAGGCCGCAACGACAAUCAGUGGUGAAAACUUCCAUGAAAAUUUCAUGUCUGGGUAGAGAGAGAGCUAAAUUAUUUUCUGCGGUGAGUGUGCCCGAAGGCUGGCCCAAUUGAGCUCUUAACUGUUUCAAGAGGUGGCUACUGGCCAACACCUAGGUAGCUCCAAACCAGCUACAGAAUUAGUAUAUGUUCCUGCUCGCCCAGCUAAACAGAUGGGGAUGGAUGUUUUGUGCAAGGCCACGGGGAGAUGGGACACUGCACACGAGGCUGGUGUGAGGAAAGAGUGAGAGGAAACGGUCACACAGGGAACCAAAGGUGUUAGUUGCAGCAGUCCAGAAAGUGUCCUAAAUCCUCUUGUAUCCGAUGUGUCUUCUUCUGGGAUGUGGGCUUCAGCAGCAGAUCUGAAUUGCUCUCAGGUCAGGGGAACUUUAGAAAGAUUGCUAGGUGUAAAAAUUGGAAAAUUUGCUUUUACGCAAGUAUUUUUUACAUGAGCAACAUUGAUAUAUAUACUACUAAAAACACAAUGCUGAAAUACUGCCACAGGAUAAGCUGAUUUUAAUGGAAGUGAGUGAGCUGAACGGCACUGUUUUAUGAAAUAAGCUAGCAAAUUCUUUUGUUCCUUCCCCAUCAGAAAGGUGCAAUGCACUCUACCUGCAAGACGAUUUGAAAACUUCAGCUAGCCUAAACUGCAGCUGCCUACCAGGCUGUAAUCCGAUGGUGAGGAAUUCAACCCUACAGCUCUUUUUACCCAUUACUGCAAGGUCAGGGCUUAAGGUAAAGCUGAGUCUUGCACAGACCACUUUGUAGUACAAAUCACCCUUCUGCACCUUGCAGGCAUUACAGGUGCUGAUCUGGAGCUAGAAAACUUCACGGGAGUUAGCCUUAGCUGUGCUGAGCUGAGAGGUUGCUCGUUUCCCUGCGUUGAUUCAUUUCAACAGCUGCAUUAAGUGAGAUUAGAGGAGCUGCACAUUUAGGACAUGUAGUGGGAGGGCUCAGCCACCCACAUGCACACUGGGUCAAUGCCUCAUCAGGGUGAAAUGUGGAGAUAGAAUUGCUGGGUGCAAUAAAUGACUUAUUUCUAGAAUAACUGGCCCUAGAAGCCACAAGAUGAAACGCAGCUCUGAAUUUAGUCUUCCGAAGCGCAGAGGAUCUAAUUCAAGAGCUAUUAGUGGGUGAGGUGCUCUGUGAUAGCAACCACAAUACAAUUAAGCUGCAUGCUAUAACAAGCGACAGCAAGACAAAUAAAGCACACAGAUAUUAAAUUUUAAGAAAAAGAACUGUGAAAAUGGGAAAAAUGCUCC